AUGAACAAUGAGAAUCAUGUACAACGUGUUAUAUCAAGAUCAUAUACAACUCCUACCACUGAUCAACUCGAUGAAAUGUUGAAGUUUGACGAUGAGGUGACAAAACCAGCUAAGAAGAUGAGCAAAGCUAUGAUUAUGUACUUGCAACGUGCGAAAGAUCAUAAUGAAUUUAUGAAGAAAGAGAUUGUGGAAUACGAAAUAGGAAAAAGACAUUUGGCUAAUAUGAUGGGUGAAGAUCCAGACUUCUUUACACAAGCAGAUAUAGAUAAAUCAAUUGAGUAUUUGUUUCCAUCGGGACUGUAUGAUCGCAAAGCUCGACCAAUAAUGCGACAUCCAGAAGAGAUUUUUCCAAGCCGGAAAGCAGCAGAGUUUGAUGAAACUGGAAGACCUUUUCAUUCUAUGUUUUAUACUUCUAGACCAAAUUACUAUCAAAUACUAUACGAAAUUGUGGAGAAAAUCAAAUCUUUAAACGAUAUUGAAGAUUCAUUAAUACGGCAAGGAACAUUACCUAUGGAUAAAAUUGAUCUAAUAGGUUUUACAUGGUUAUCGAAGAAGGAUAUGGAAGACAAGCUACUUGAAACUCUUCAAGACAUGGAGUACAACUAUUUUAUAACAUCACUAGAGCGAUUAUGUGAGCACCCACUAUCAAAGCGUGAAACAGAUUUCAUUAUGAAGUAUCGUAAAAUACUCAUUAGCCAUUCCAAUGAGAUAACCAUACCACCUUUGGAACAUGACAGCACAGGAAGGCCCUAUAUUACAGUCAAAAAUUGCAUAAGAAAGUCUGCAAGAGGUGUAGUGACAGUCUGGGGAAAUGGUUCUGGCAAUAUCACUAUUAACGGACAGGACAUCACAUACUUUAAAGAUAUACAGCAUCGCGAACAAAACUAA